ACUUACUAGCUACUACUUAUACAAACGGUUUUUAAUUUUGAUUUUUCAAUUUGAUUAUUGUUUCUAUAAUUAUUAGCUAAGUAUCUGAAAUUAGUCGGAUGUCGAUAUAAUACAUUAUUACAUGAAAAGGUUGAAUUGCCUUAAUAAUAAAAUGUACCGAUGUUACCUAUAAUAAAGCCAAUAGCCAAUAGAUAUGUCAAGUGCGAAAAAUGCAAGACGACUGCACGAAUGAAAGUUAACCAACUUCAUAUUAUUUUUCAAUUUUCUGUUUUAUUAUUUCUGUAUUAUAAUCUGUAAUGAUACUUUUAAGUCAUAUAAUUAACCUAAUAAAGUAGUUACUUAACAAUAAAUAAUAUUCAAGUAAUAUGAUAACUUCAUCGACAAGGACUACCUACAAGACUUCAUUAAGACCUAAAAUACAAUUUGCACAUCACAAAGGAAGACCAAUGGUUAAAUGCAGAUCCAAAUAUACUGAGAUUCAUUUUACUUUAUAAUCAGGAAUGGAUUAAAUUGAAGAAUUGAAUACUACACCUUAGGCCAGUACAAAUAAUAUUUAAUACUAAAAUGGAACAAAAUGCUAUGGAGAUAGUUAAUGAUAAUGCAUCAGAUGAAAAAGCUGAUGUUGAAAUGGAACAUCUAAAUGACAAAGAUAAACAAGAAAAACAAGAGUCACGUGUCAGUUUAAAUGAAUUAAUAGAAAGUUGUAGUACUAAAAAUGAACCACAAGAAAUUAAUGAAGAUAAUGACUUUGAUAAAAGUAAUACUAAUAUAAUAUUAGACAAAAAAUUAAAAAACUUAAAUGAAUUUGUAAGCUGUGAGGAUGUAAUACAAUUACAACAGUUAAAAAGUGGCCCAUCAUAUGAAGAUACAAGUGAAACUACAAUUAUACCAGAAUUGAAUAAUUUUUUCGAUCAAGAAUUAGAACCUGAACAAUAUUUUAAAUUAAUAUCCAAACAAACAGAGAAUUUUGAUUUAAGCUAUGACGAAAACAAUAUAAAUUUACCUAGCUUUUCUGAUUCACAUUGUACAGACAGUUUUUCUUGUUCACUUUAUUCAAAUAACAUAUCUAGUCCAUCUAGUCCAUCUUGUAUUUCUUAUAUGUCUUCUUUGCCUGGAACCUCGAAUGAACAUUCAGAAUAUAGUUUAACUAAAGAAGAUCUUUUAUUUAGUUAUUUUGAAAAAAUUUCUCAUGAUAAUCUUGAUCCAAUGUCAGAAUCUAAUGAAGUAAUUGAAACAAAAGAUGUUGACAAUUAUACUAACGAUACAUUAGAAAAAAAAAAAUUAACAGAAUUCGAUCUUCUUCAAUUUGUAUUAGAAAAUGUAAAAUUAGAAGAUAAUAAUGAAGUUCAAAAGAAUUCUGAAUGUUUUGUAGAAGACAGAAUAAUUAUUAAUCCAGAUAUAAUGUACAAUAUUGAACUUAAAUUACAUCUUAAAAAAAUGCAACUCUUAACAGAACAAAUUUCAAAAACACCUGAUGAUUUAACGGUGUUAAAUAAAUGUAAGGAAUUAAUUUCAAUCCCUAAAAUGCAACACAAGCUACAAAUAAUUACUGAAGAAUCUAAACCAUUUCCUGAAGAUAUUUCUGAAUCAAAUUGUUCUAAUAUUCAACACAAGGACUGGAAUAAAAUAAUAGUCAGCCAAGCAGCAGUGCUUACUGAUGUUGGAUUUGAUUUUACUUCAAAAGAUAUUUUAUAUCUUCUAAGAGAUGAAUCAAUCAAUUACAUAAAAAGAUUAGCUGGUAUUAUGAAAAAAAAUGUUGAUGUUCAAUCAAAAAGCUCUUCUCCAAGCAGUAUUGAUCCAAUUCUGAAUAGUCUUAAAGAGAUAGGUGUGAAAGGUGGUGUGGAGGAAUUGAUCAAACAUUAUAAAAAUAAUGAUGUAUUUGAUAGGCGUAAUAAGUUAUUAAAGGAAUGUGAACACUUUCGAUCAACUAUUGAUCAGUUUGUUAAACAUUCAUUAUUAACCACUACAAUUAAAAAUAAAAAUGACACUCAAGAAUUUAUUGUUGAAGAACAAUCAACAAGUAAAACAAAUGUUACAAAGAUGAAUAUAGAAGAAAAAGCAUCCACAAGUAUUGAAAUUAAUCAUUCUCAAUCUAGCAAUAUUGAUAACAUAAAUACAGCUCUAGGAAAAUCUGAAUGUAUUAAAACUAAUAUAGAUGAUGUUUAUAAUAGAAAGAUGUACUAUACAAAAUGUUCAAACACUGAUGUACAAAUUAACGAUCUCUUAAAAUGUUCACAUAUGAUAACUAUACCUUCAAACUGCAAAUCUAAUUCAUUUACGAGUAAAAAAUCAUUUUUAAGCACUAAUAAUGUAUGUAAACAGAAUGAAAAAAGUACUAAUUUUCUAAAAAAUAAAAAACUUUUUGAUAUGCUCAAGUCGGAUAAUAUUUUUGAUGCCACUGAAAACAAAAUAAAUAUUGAUAAAGUAAAAAUCCAAUCUACCUCGACCUCUAAUACAGUUACUCCUAAUUCUGUUAAAUCUAUUGGAUUAGAUCAUGCAUCUUUCCAAAAAGUUGUUGAAGAAUUUAAUAAAAAUUUCGAUCAUGAAUCUAUUUAUGGAAACUGUUCAUCAACGCAAAAUAAACCUGUCUAUAAUGAUGCAGAUACCGACAAUGCAAUGAACGAAGAAAACUAUGCAGACUAUCCCAAUCGAGAAUGAGAAUAAUAAAUUACAAUUAUAAAUCAAAUGCCAAAGAAAUGUAUUUAUAAGGGAUAUUUUCUACAACAAAUGUACUUAAUAUAAAAAUGUUGUAUUCAAAAGAACUAAUU